CAAGCGUACCUGCUGCCGUUGGGCAUCAACGCCGACUCAAACUAGGGUCUCGGUGCAGUUAUUGUCGCGACGCCCCGAUCGGAUGAACGCCACCGGUCAUCUCCUGCCGCUCCUCUCGUUUUGCUACCGGUUACUGGUGCCGUAUUGUAAUGCAACUGAAGUCGCGCCAUGGCGUGACCACUGACAGCUCUCCAACUGUAGUGAGUUGGCAGCUCUUUCGUCGUCGCGGAAUCAAGCGGCAGAGCUGCAGCCUCUUGUCGGGCGCUGUGUGACUCGCCGACACCAUUGUCGAUAGUUCCAUGCCGCUGAUUCUCUCACCGUGCUGAACAAUUGACGCCUGGAUGUUCUGGCAGCUUGGCGGUGCCAUUCCGAUCAAAAUGCAUCGGUCUCUGCACUUUGUGCACCGCGAAUCGGCUCCUGCCGAUCAACACGCCGUCCGGUCUGCGAAAAAACAUGUUGGCUUCUGUAUGUGCACUCCUCGACAAGCAGUGCGUAUGACAGCGGACCUCCAGCCUGGACCUGGCCACCCAUGCGCGCCCGGCACAAAGCUCGGGCGGCGACUAGCGCCCAGCAACCAGUUCAUUCUCGAAUUUCCCUCCGCGAGAGCACUAGAGUGUGAGCGCAGGACUUUGUAGACGCUUUUCCACAACAUGCAGCGCCAACGGGACACAGGUACAGCGGUGGACUCUCCGGUUAGCAAUAGUGAGAUGCUGGGCUCCCCAUCUCACGACUACAACGCAAUGCUGAGUCGCGGAGACUCCCACGAUAUUCCUGACCAGGACUAUACCCCGCAAACCCCAGCUCGUGAGGUCUUCCGUGAGCCAUCGGAGAUUCACCCACAGACCAUCAGUGACCGAGGCGGCUUCUCCUACAGCAUGCGCCCCACCGAGGCCGAUGCGAGCUCACCCACUCGGGAAACGUUCGCGUAUUCAGCCGCAAAUGGCGUCAGCACAAGUGGAUCGAGCAGUGGCGCUGCUGCUCCUGUUGCACUCCCCCGUCCGUCAAUGAUGGAUCGUAACAUUGAGGCAGUGAGCGACCCGACAAAUGCAGGAUUCGCUGCCAAGACACAGAACUACAAAGGCCGAUAUCGGAGAUGGCCUGGUGUUGUGUUACUUCUGGCGAUCAUCAUUGGUGGUGCAGUUGCCAUCACGUUCGCAGCGAUGCACACACAUACAGCAAGUACAGCUCGUCAAGAAGCUUAUGCCAAGCGGAAAGCCGGCGCCUCGGCAAUUACUGGCGGUGCGAGUGGCAGUGGUAGUGAUCUGGUUUCGGAUGAUGGUGAAGUUGGUAACCCGAAAUCGUAUCCGGACAUGGGCUGUGAGCUUCCGGAUUAUCAGAGCAAGGACGGGCAUAUCUACGCUGUUGCGUCGAACGGAACGGAAGUGGCGGUGGACAUGAAGGGAAUCAAUUGGUUCGGUAUGGAGACAGGUACAGCCAUCCCUCUUGGUCUUUGGGAUAAUUCUCAAAACGGUACGACCGCGUACCAGAUUGCGUAUUUCUUGGAGAAGAACAAGUUCAACGCAGUGCGCCUGCCGCUUUGUAUCAACUGGAUUCUCAAGAAUCAGGUGCCUGAAUCUACGUUGAUCAACACAGCCGAGAACCGAGCCAUCUCUAUCAAGAACUAUAGGUCACUGCUUAAAAGUCUCAUUAAGGCGCUGGCGUAUCGAAAGAUCGGAGUGCUGCUUAGUCUGCAUACCCUCACGUCGACGGAUAGCGGUGGACUUUGGUACAGCGACAACAUCACGCAGAGCGAUUUCUUGGACGCAGUGGAUACACUAACUGGAGACCUCUGCAGCAAUACCUACUGGAAUGUCAUCGGCCUCGAUCUUAAGAACGAACCUUACGAAGGCACGUGGGGCGACGGUGAGGACACGGAUUGGCGUGUAGGUGCGCAGACUAUUGGAAACCGUAUGCUGGAAGGCUGCUCGAACUGGAUGGGCUUCGUUGAGGGAAUCUACGCCUCUCAUACGCUUACUAUCGACGAUACCGAGUACAGCUUCUACGAUUGGUACGGUAGCGGUUUGCAGAAGGCAAACGAGUAUCCGGUGGAGUUUACAACCGAAAACAAGGUGGUGUACGCGCCGCACUACUACACUCCUGCUGUCUAUCCGCAGACGUACUUAUACGGUGGCGGUACCAGCGGUGAUAACGGUGCACUCGAAGACUAUGUGGAGCUGUCGAAUUCCACCCUGAAGACGCGUAUUUCAACCACUAUGGACGAGAUGUUUGGCUUUAUCGCGGAUAACAAGUCAGCCGCGCUGCUGCUAGGCGAGUUUGGUGGUCUGUACGCCACUGAUCUGCAUCCAGAACUCACGACGAAGCGUUGUACCGACUAUUCUAUUGACAUUAUGGUGGAGAAUGGUUGGUCUGGUGGCUUCGUGUGGUCUCUGAACCCGGAGAGUGCGUACCAGUUUAACCCGGCCGACACGUACGGCACGUUCACGGAGGGAGUUUUGGAGGACGACUGGCUGACGGCCAACAGCGAAUUUUUGGAGGGACUGGAGGCCAUGAACGACCUGGAACAUUUGCGUAUGAUGCCGUGCUUCGAGACGGAGGCCUCGGACUCGGGGUCUUCUGGCUCCGACUAAAUAGCGUUAAGAACUAUGUAACUUAAGCUUGGGAAAUAGAUUCCCUGCAUGCAACACAUUUCCUGUCCAACAUUUUCUAUACAUUUAUUUUUUAAUAAAAAAAAUUGCGUUUGAGUCGAACGCAGAGGU